AUUCCUGUGUCGCACCUUCCACUCUCCAACUCUCACAUGCAAAUUUUUUGUGUAUGCAGACUGCCAGCUCAAAUUUCCGCGGAGUAGAUGAACACUAAAGACACAAGAAUUGGAUAAAAUACUUUUCAUCGAAUGUUGUCAAAACAACAUCACUGCACACACUCACGAGUAUGUUAAUCAGAGGAGUCACCCGUGUAUUCCCUCUGAUUGCACUGGUAACGCUCGUUACCUUCUUCGCUUUUGCGAAGUUCAAGCGUAACUCACUUCUCAACUCGUGGACGUUUGGAUAUGGGGGUUUAGCCAAAGAUGUGGUGACUCCCUUUAUACAUUCACCGGACCCAUUAGAAUCAGACCCAGACCGAGUUUGGGAUAAUGGCAACAUCCAUGAUGGUUCUCGUUUAGAUCUUGAGAAAAUACCCUUGCCAGAUUUGAGUUCGGUGCAGCCAUCACCACAGUCCCAGCACCAGCCAGAAUUAUUGGGGUCAGAGUGGCAAUCAACGCCAGAUAACACUCACAAUGAAAUUUUCUCGGUCUCAACGCCUUCUAGGAAAUAUUUCGAUAUAUUGUUCGGUGAACACGAAACACUCAACCCGAACAUAAUCCCUCACCCGUCAUCGAACAAUAAAUGGAUCAUCGUUGCACAGCAGAAGAACCGGGAUCUCCAAAAUGGCAAAAAGUCACUCGUGAGCAUACAACUUGUCUGUGACGCCGCCUUCGAUACGUCCGAUAAGAAUGAUGGUCAAAGUGCUUCCUCUUCCGCUUCCUUCACCGAUAACAGCGGCGAGACUCUGGCAUGUGUCACUCAGCCUACCAUCCUGCCAAUCUCCGCCACAAGCUCGGAAGACAGAUGCCAGGGCCGCUGGUCGAUGCUGGCUGCCAAUAUUGGCCCGCAUGAUGCCCGUGUAUUCUACGGACCUGAUAUUCCAUAUACUAUUUACGGGUCCAAUUCGCAAUAUACGUGUUUUGGACAAUGGAUGCACGAUUUCCGCAUGUUAGUUGACUGGAAAUCACCUUCGAAUGAAAUUGCCACAUCCUUCGAUGUAGAGAAAAGUCCCAAUGUCUUUCAUACAGCGACCGAGUUGUAUCGCCCCAUUCCACUUGGUGAAGUCGAGAAGAAUUGGUUCAUUUUCUGGGAUGCAGCAGGAGAAGCGUACGUGCAUUAUGACGUGUGGCCGAAACGAUCAUUCGCCAAGAUAGAAAAGAACGACUACAGCAUUCUCGAUGAAUCAUCUCCAGUCAGCAUUACUGUUGGUCCAGAUCUUUCAAUUCUACCGAGCACGUCAGACACGAGAUGCAUGGACAAGUAUAUGCCAGUAGUGCCUGACAAUUCAAAGGAAUUUAUUCAUCAAGCUACGAACUCCCUAUCAAUAACCCUAUGCAAGCGCUCGGAGGCUGGUUGCCUGGCUACCGACCAAAACACGUUUAUUUUUACUAUUUUCCAAAAGAAGACUGAUGUCGGUUUUGGAGCCAGUUCUUAUGAGCCGUAUGUGAUGCUUUUUCGCCGCACUUUGCCAUUUGACCUACAUAGUAUCUCGACAAAACCAUUCUGGAUUCACGGUCGGAAGGCAGCCCAAAAGAAUGAAAUGAAGCCGGAGAUGAUGUAUGUUACGUCAAUGAGCUGGAAGAACCAUGGUCAGACAUAUCAUGGGUAUAGUGAUGAUGUGCUUUUUCUGGCUUUCGGCAUUGACGAUUCUAGGACGGCAGGGAUUGAUAUUGUGGCCGGGGAUUUGUUGAGAGAUAUGGGUAUUUGUAUGAACGUGUAAAAUAAGUUUCUUGCUUCUAUAUACACUCUUAGAUACAUUUCAUUAGUAAUUGUUAGAUAAACAGAUUCAAUUCCCUAAGAAAUUCUUU